AUGAACAAGAAGCUGGAUGUUAACGAACUGGUCAUCAACAGGCUCAAGAAAGAACGCAAGGAGUGGCGUCUCGAGCACCCCUUCGGCUUCGUCGCCAAGCCCGUCCUCAACUCAGACGGCACCUCCAACAUGCUCAAAUGGGAUUGCGAAAUCCCAGGACCAAAAAACUCGCCCUGGGAAGCGGGAACCUACAGUCUCACCAUGGACUUCUCCCACGACUUCCCCGUACGGGGCAUUGCGAUAUUCAGUCCGCCCAAAUGCAUAUUCAAACCUGUGCUUCCCCAUCCCAACGUUUACCCUUCAGGGACGGUUUGCCUUUCGAUCUUGAACGAGGAGGAGGACUGGAAGCCCCACAUCGGCGUCAAGCAGAUUCUGCUGGGAAUCCAGAAGCUUUUGAAGGAUGAGCCAAACAUCGAGUCACCCGCCCAGAUGGAGCCUUUGACCCUCUACAGGUCCAACCGGGAUGAGUACAUCAAGAGAGUGAAGAGCUUCGCCGCCCAGUGCAAGAAGAACUGA